UUGAUGAUCGAUGUGAAUUGACUCUUGACGCUGGGAGCUUUCCAGGGAUUCGAAGUCGAUACGGCAAUGGUACGACGAGUGAUGUAGCUCGGGAGAUUGGUAGACCCGGAGGCAGAGAGUGAGGGAACAGGGAUGACUGACAGCUGCCAGAGAGUGGAGCAUCAUCAGCCAAGCUUUUGCUGGCAAUUGUUACGGACUGGUUGGAGUAUUGGAGAGACGAUGAGGUUGUUGACUUGCAGCAUACUCUGGACGAAUUGGGUUCAGCGGGGCCAACAACGGAUGCAACAUCGGUUCGUGCACAUAGUCUUCGACGUAAUCGACGGAUCAUGUGUUCUUCUUCUUCCUUUUCCUUCUUCAAACCCUGCCAGAUUUAUUUCUGACUUGGAGCCGCUUUUUCUUUGUUGGGGGACAAAGUGUACCCCGCAUAGAACGAGGAAGGACGGGACCAUGCGGCAUAGUCGGGAGUCGCCAAGUCUGGCAUCGUCUGGUGGUGACGGCAUGGGCUGUCCUACUCGACGCAUCGAGUUACUCCUCGGGGUGUCUCAUGUUUGUAAGCGUGGUAUCGAUGCAGAACUUGCCUGGUAGUUUGUAAUUCGAAGCUCUAUAGGCUCGCUUCGAAGAUUCCAUAUUAUAUACAUCCGGGGAGCUAGGGCUCGGCCAACC